AUGACUGACCUUAACAACAGCGAAGCUGUGCAAAUCAACAAGAAUGACUCUGUUCAAGCCAAGAAUGCACUCGAUGACGAGAUUUCUAAAUACUUUGGAGAGAGUCUUUUCAAGGAACUUCAUACACACACAGAUGUAAAACUGGUGUUAGGAUACUUGUCAUGUGCAAUUGCAGGUGGUGCCUUUCUCUAUGAGUACAAGACUAGUUUCCAAGAGGCUCAGUCAGUUACCUUAUUGUGUGUCAUCGCAUUUUGGGUACUUCAAUUUGGUAUCUCGAUCUACAGUGCCACUGUCGAGAAGGGAGUUGUAUUUUCUGGCAAAAAUGAAAAGGGAACUAUCUUGGUAAAAACAACAAUGGAGCCCUAUUCGCCUAUAUAUAAGCUUGAGUUGGUCUACAAGGAAACCAAUCCUCCCAAAACAGUGACCUACACCCUUAGUAAGAGUAUCGCUAGUUGGAUCACUACCAAAGGCAUCGUUGAUCAAGUCAGAUUUCAUGAAGAUCUCCAGCACAGUUUUGACAAGGCCCUUAGUUCUCUUCAUAGGGAAUAAAAGAUUGGAAAUAUUGAUCGAAAAUUUAUUAUAAUAAUACCAAUAUAGAAUUAUAAGAG